CCCAAUUACCAUAGCACCCACGCUGUAAAAAAGUUAUAAACUCUGUCAGAUCUACUCUACACUUCGUUCAUUGUCGAUGCCCUGCCGUUGCUGCCCUCCGAUCAGUUACGUCACUCACUCUCACUCACGCGGGAGUACGUCCAGGCGCAGAUCCGUGGUCUCGCGAGACGAACGGAUGCCUCACGUGCACGUUGUGCUUUUACAAGCAGGUGUCGGCCUGACACGUGCAUUAGUUUGGCGGGCGUGAAAAAUGGAUCGAUCUUUAGUCAGAAAACGACCUCAUCCAGUGGUGUCUUAGCCUGAGCCUGUCUUAAUUGAAAGUGACAUGCAGAAAGAAGUAAGCGGGGAUGAGGACAACAGCAGUUCAUCGAAGGAGUGUGAGGGCGAAGUAGAGGAACAAGAAAUGGAGCGGGAUUCGGAAGAGAACGUGGAUGAAGCCGCUCUUAGUGCUAGUGGGAAUACUGUUAGCGAUGUUAUCCAGCAGCCUGAGGAAGGACCCCGUCGGCCAGCAUUGAAGAAAUAUCCUUCGCAAGAGUUUGGCAAUCAGCAAAGGAAUUUUAUUCGUGGCUGGUUUGACUGGCUGGAAUAUUCGAUCAUGAAAGAUACUACGUUCUGCUUCGCAUGCAGGCAUUUCCUGUGUGGAGGACAUGGGUUCCAUUCUGAGUCUACCUUCACUGUCAUCGGUUACCGCAACUGGCCGAAAGCUACAGCAGCUUUCAAAACCCACCAUGUGAGUGCAGCUCGUAAGUUUGCUGUGGAGGCACGGGCCAAAUUCAGUUUGAGAAAACAAGACGGUUCAAGAUUGGGAAGUAUGCUUGACAAAGGACAUGCAAAGAUUGUCCAAGAAAAUCGAAUGACUGAAACUGUUCUGCAACAAGCUGUGGUCCAUUGUCACUGACCAAGUGUCCUGGAAUACCAGUCCUUCCAAAGAGGCUUCUCAAUUCAACAGUUUGCAAGGUUGUAGUGGAGGAUAUUGGGCACACUUCUGGCCAUUUUGUAGCUGCAUCCACUACUACCAAGAAAGUUGUAUCCACAACUUAGUGUCAAAGUUGUGUCCGGCAACAUCUACACUAAUCCUCUGCUAGGGCAGUGCAGGCCUUUCCCAGAGAUGGAGGAGUGCUGCUCUUGGCAUCUUCUGAUUUAAGACAGAGCUGGUGAACCUCAGCUGCUACUUGUAAAUAAAACAAAGAAAACAACUAAAUACUUUAUUAAUUAUAUUUUUUCUGGUAAAUGAUCACUGUAAUCAAUAGCCUGUAAUUUCCCCGUGGGAUUUGAGCUUUUGAACUGCGGUAUGAUCUGACAUUUUUAUGGUGUGAACUGAAGACUUGAAGGUGCAGGAAGGUUGUGGUGUGGCAUGUACAGGAAGUCACUGCGGUGGGCCCUGGACUGGAGAGCGGGGAAUGAGCUGAUCUAUCACUGUUGCUGGAGUGGACUUGGAGACAAGUUGAUGCGGCUGAACCAGGGUGAGGAGAGCGGAGGCGAGGCAGAGUUAGGGCAGAGCCUGGGCCCGAGAGUGAGGAAAGACCCAAGUUUUGAUCAAUUUCAGUGCUGAGCCGAUUUGGAAAUGUUAGGUUUGGGCUGAAUCAAGGCAGUGGAUGUCAGGCCCGAGAGUGAAGUGAAGUGGUCUGCAAACAAGGAACGACUUGAUGCUUGGAUGAUUUAAGCUCUGGGCAAGAAUGAUAAUGUCUGAGAGUUGGGGCUGGAUGCAAUCAUGGUUUACUCAUCUCUGCAUUCACUGCAGCCGCAGCCUGCAAAUGAAUUUGCCUGGCUGUGGACUCACUUUCGUGAACUUCAGUUCUGAAUGCUAGUUGCUCACUCUUAUUGUUUGCACGGUUUGUUUUUUUGUCUUUGCACCUUGAGUGUUCGACGGCCUUCUUUUGCUUCAAUAUUCUCUAUUUGGUUUCUUUGUUUUGUGGCUGCCUGUAAGGAGACGAAUGUCAUGGUUGUAUAAUAUAUACAUUCUUUGAUAAUAAAUGUUUUUAAACUUUGGACAAGUUGGCAUCCCGUACAAGCUGUUGAUCUAUCCCAGGCCACCAGAAGAAAGCUUUGAGCCAACGCUUUGAUUUUGACCAUGCCUUGAUAACUGGCAUAUAACUCCUUAAAAACUUUAGCUCUCAGCUUGGAUGGUACAACAACCCUCAAUCUCCACAUAAGGCAACCUCCGUAAAGGGCAAGUAUAUCUCAGCACUGGUAAAAAUGGGGGGAACUGGAGUUUCUGCAGCACAUUCCAGCCAUUUUGGGUGGCCAUGUAGACCUGAGAGAGGGAGGGGUCUUUUUUAGUUUCCCUUUGGAUCAUCUCUGCCAUAAUAGGGAGACUUUCCAAUUUGCAUUAGGGAGGAUAGGUAAAGAAGAGUGUCUUUUUUGUAAAUUUUUCCUGUAAUUCCUUUUCUAAGGGAAACAGGGCAAUCCAUCAGCAUUUCCAUGAUUAGUCAUCCUUUUGAAUUUGAUCUUUUAAUUGUGGCCUCCAAGAAACAGAGCCCAUCUCUGCAUUUGUGCUGCUGCUGUUAGUGGAAUAUCCUUCUGUGGAUUGAAAAUGGACACCAGCGGUUGGUGGUCAGUAAUGAGAGUAAACCCUCUCCCGUACAAGUACUGGUUGAAACACUCUACACCGCUAACCAAACUCAAGGCCCCUCUGUCACUCUGUGUGUAAUUUUUCUCUGCAGCAGUCAGAAAAUGUGACACCAUGUCUAUGGGGUAUUCACUUCCAUCACUCAUAACGUGUAACAUGUCUGCACCUAUACCAUAAGGUGAGGUAUCACAGGCAAGCUUCACUGGAUGAUGUGAAUCAUAAUGUGUCAGUACAUUGUCUGGUGUCACCAUUUAUUUUACCUUUUGGAAAGUCACCUCACACUGCUUUGUCCAUUGCCAUUUCUUCCUGAUAUGCAGUAAUGAAUUCAAGGGAUGGAACACAGUAGCCAAGUUUGGUAGGUACCUGUUAUAGUAGUUGACAAAUCCUAAAAAGGACCACAACUGCGACAUAUUCUUUGGCCUUUCAAUUGGAUUAUGAUUCCUGUCACUCUUUGGCUUCAGAUCCAUAUUGUACUGUACCGGCAAGUUUGACCUCUGUCCCACUGUAUUCUGACUCUAUAUCACUGUCCAGGACAAAGACCCUUUUCACCAAAUUCAGUCUCUCACAGGCAGAUAAACCAAGUAUUGACUGUACAUUUUUUGGCACCACCACAAAUGAAAGCGUGUGCACCAUAUUUUUGUGUGAUACUCUUGCCACACAUGUUCCUUUAACUGGAAUGUCUGCACCUGAAUACCUAGUCAAUUUUAUAUUUGUCUGAUGUAACUUUGGUCUUGGCUUUAAUGCGUUAAACUCAGAUUCUGCAAGAAUAUUUACUUGUGCUCCAGUAUCCAGUUUAAACAGAAUAUUGUUUUGAUUCACUUGCAUAGAAUAGUCCAGUCAUUCUUACUUUGUUUAUUUUCACAAAGCACAUCUGUAUAAAACGUGUUUUAUUUCCUUUCUACUUCUGCAACAGCGUGAAAAAUGAAUAAUCUUACCACAGUUGUUGCACAAUUUCUGAUACGCUGGACACAUUUUAGGUCGGUGCUGCUGCCCACAGCGAUCACAAAGUUUUUUUCUUUCAAACGACGUCUUGCUCUCUGUCAGUUUCGUAGUUGCUUCAUUAUUUUUUCUAACAUGUUCAUGGCUAUUCACAAUGUGUACACUGCAGUUCUCAAUAAAAAAGCUCUUUAGCCUGCGACUUUACGGUUUCUGAAGCUUUGCAGAGAAUCAAAGCUUUUUCCAAAUUUACAUCUGGUUCUCUUAAGAGUCUUUCUCUCAGAGCAUUAUCCAGAAUGCCGCAAACAAUUCUGUUUUUAACGAGGGAGUCCGUCAGUUCUGCAAACUCGCAUGUUUUACUGUGGUUUCUCAAUUCCGUAACAAAUUCAUCAGUAGUUUGACCAGCUUUCUGCUUGCAUGUAAAGAAUUUAUACCGUUCAUAUGUCACAUUGCGCUUCGGUAUGCAAAAUGAUUCAAAAUUGUCGAUUAUCGCUCUUAGAUGCAAAUUAUCAUCUUCAAAGGUGAAAUGGUUAUAUACCUCAAUUGCGUCAUCCCCAAUCACGUGGAGUAGAAUUACAGCUUUUAUUUUCUCCGUUUUAUUAUCUGCUCUGAUCACUGAUAAAUAAAUUUCAAAACGCUGUUUAAAUCUUUUCCAUUUUCAGCUAUGUUUCCAGUCAGCUGAAGCAUAGAUGGGGGUUGCAAAACUUCCAUUCUUACAGCUGUCAGCAAACAACAAAAAAGUUUGCGCUUUUUUUUUCCUUAUUAUCUUCGCUUCUCCCAUGUUAGUGAACUGAAUUAUUCUUCCAGACUGACUUCUGACAGCAUGUUGUGUUCUUUAUAUGUACUGUAGGUUACUCAUAAAGGCACAUAUUCUGGAAGAACAUAUCUGGAACUUUUAUUUAACAGCAACCACGUCUAACAUGCAAGCUUCUUGAUCAUUCUGUCGGUUUUGUGCAUGCUCCGAACUCUGUCACAUGACAUGUGAUAUCACCACACCUCUGUUUGAAUUUUCUCAGCACACAUGUGUAAUCCUUGUGUAUCAAUAGUGUGACCACAAUAAGUGAUGAUCGGUUUAAAGAAUUCGCAUUGUUCUCUGUGCGCCUAAUCUUCUAAUCUUUUUAACAUUGCCUUGAGGUUUUGGAGAUGUUCCUUGUCAUCCUUACAGGUAACAAUGAUGUCAUCCAGGUUCAGAAGAUGAUACUAAGCUAAAAAUAACCCUAUAACAGCGAUAGAGCCCUUUGUGAGUGGUUAUGCUGAGACACACUUUGAACUCUUCUUCCAUCUCCAUCUGAAAGUAGGUUUCAGCUAAGUCCACUUUGUUGGCGUAUUUUCCUCCAGAAAGGUUUGCAAAAAUAUUCUUUGCUCUGGGCCGAGGGUAUUGAUCUACCUUCAGUCCUGGGUUGAUGGUGACCUUAAAAUCACCACAGAUCCUGAUAGACCCAUUCUUUUUGGCUACUGGGACCACUCACAUUGCCCAUGGGCUCCUCACAACCUUGGAAAUUUUUCCUUUGGCCUUUAUACAAUCUAGCUUAUGGCUACUAUGUCAUGGAUGGUAUAAGGAACUGCACAAGCUUUGUAAAACUUGGGUGCGACAUUUUCAUUUAACGCUAUUUCACCCUUGAUAUGUUUGAGUUUCCCAACACCAUCUUGAAUACUGCUGUGGUAUCUUAACUUAUUGACUUUAUUGUAGAGGAUGUGGCAUGCAAAUGGUGAAUGGAUCACCAAUCAAUUUAUAGUUGUCUCAGCCAAUCACACCCCCACAAUGCUGGUCCCCUGUUUGUACUACAUACAAGUUCAAUUUGGCUUGAAGGUUUCUGUAUUUCACUGUUGCAAAUGUCAUUUCCACAGAAAUUAUCUUUUCUCCAGUAUAAGUUCUUAGUUGGACAUCUGCAGCCUUCAGUUUAGUAUCUUUGAAAUGUCAUUCAAACUCAUCUCGUGGAAUGACUGAAACAGUUGAACCAGUAUCUAGUUCCAUUUUAAUAAAUUUGCCCUUCAAUUCUGGUGUAAACCAUAUUGUUUUUCUGCCUUUCUUUUAAAUAAAAGCUCAAUCGUGUCUUCCCUUCUGAAGAACUCUCGCUGUCCUGGUUUUUGUAACUUGACUAGCUCUUGCUGUUUUUUUUAUAGUUUGAAUGUCUCACUGUGCUCAAUACAGGUUGGCAAUGGUCUUGGGUUCGUCAUCAAUGUUAUGUUUGUAACUUCAAAAUAUUAAACCAAUUCAAAGGAAGACACAAGAUUCCGGGAAUGCAGUUCAAACUUUGUAUUUAC